AUGCCGGAAGAGGAUCUGGCUCGUGAAGAGCUUCUCGAGGCGCUGCGCAAGUCCCUGGACGACAGAGGAGCUGGGCCCUUGCGUGCCGCUGCUCCGUUAUGCGACGAGCUGAAGCAGCUUCGGGAGGUGUCCUCGCGCUUGGCGCAGCUGCAGCAUGAGAUGCUGGCACAGCAGGAUAGCUUGGGAGCGCAGCGCGAGGAGCUUGCUCGUCGAGAAGCUGAACUGAAGGUUCAGCAGUUGGAGCUUGAGAAGCAGCGGCGGCAAUCGUCUUGCGAUAUCUCUGGGAGCUACCCUAUCCCGCCGUGGUUGGCAAGAAAUUCAGAUGGCACAAUGAACGUGGCCGUGGUUGGAAAUUCCGGGGUGGGCAAGUCGCUACUCAUCAACAAGAUGCGCCGAAUCAGACCUGGUACGGCCGAAUGGGCCCCUACAGGAGUCAAGGAGACCACACUUCGCCCCAUGGCCUACGCCUUCCCGCAGCUUGAGAAGGUCCGGCUGUGGGAUCUGCCGGGUGCAGGGACACCAGGUUUCCCCAAGGACAGCUACAUUCGGGACAUGGGUCUGCGGUACUUCGACUCGGUACUGAUUGUCACAGCUGGUCGCUUCACCUCCAUUGACGAAGUGUUGCGCACGGAGCUUGAAGACUGUGGCGUGCCAUACUUCAUGGUCCGUACCAAAGUCGACCUCGACAUUUGGAACAAUAGGGAGGACAAUCAGAUUGAGGAGGCUGCAACAAUGGAGAGCAUCCGCCAAGAGCUCUACCGACUGCAUGGAGUGGACCGCCUGUACCUGGUGUCCUCCAGAGAGCCGGACCGCUAUGAUAUGCCAGCUCUGCUGGCAGAUGCUUUUCCUGGCGUGAGGGCGCGCCUCGAAGCCACUAGCUUCCUCUUCACAGGCCAGCAGAUUCAGAAGAGGUUGUACAUAGUCGAUGGCACAGACGUGCACAUCACCCGCGACGAUGGCCAGACUGCCAUCAUCCAGCUUAACGAGAUCGAUGAUAAGGUGUGGUUCCAGGACCGUUGGUACAUUGACCUAGCGCCCAGCGCUUAUGAAGUGCCAUAUGAGCGUGAGUUCCGGUCAGUCGGGAAAGCUCGUGAAGCAUCAGAGCUUCGUUGGAUUCCGGGGGUGAGAAUUCUUUCGGUAAAGUGGCUGCUUGCAUUUCGCUUCCAGUUUGCUGGCGUCGUGACUGCGCAAACACAAAAUGUUGAAAAUGGCUUUCUGGCCUUGUACAUAGACAAAGUCUACGGCGUCUGGCCGUUUGUGUGGAGUGGAGUGAAGCAGCUGUUAGACGAAGCACGGGAUUACUUGGAAAGCCCGCAUGCGCUCCAAGCAUUCAGGUCAACCAUCUCCUCCGCUGCUGAUCGGAUGCCCGAGCAGCUGGCCGCAUUUGGGGGCAAGGCAUCCGCUCUGAAGGACAGCUCUGUUCUCUUAGCGGUGCUCUUCGGAAGCUGCGUCUCCCUUGCCACCUCGCUGCUUACAGAUGCAGACGGGAAUGGGAACGAAAGCCCUGCGGAGGUGACAAUCAGAUCGUUUGCAGACCAAGCUGUCGUCACGCAGUUUUGCGAAGUCCUUUACUUCCAGGAGCCCACCACGAAGAAGUGA